GAGCAUAAAUUUAUGCUGCCGCAAUCCGUUAUAAACACAGCAAAGCAGGCGCACACGUUAUGUUUUGCCGUCGAUUUCCAGUUCGGUUGCUUCUCUCUCCGGUUGGCCAAACACGAUCCAAGCGCCACUUUGCCUACGCCCGCUGGUCGGAGUUUAUCGCGAAGCGCAGGAUGGAAGCUGUGGCGAUUGCGCGGCUCGAUCCGGUCGUGAUGAAAAUCGACUCGCCCGAGUUCCGGUCCAUCUUCACCAAGGAGCUGGAGGACCUGAUAGAGCUGUUCCGGCGGUACGACCACGAGAUACGGGUUGCCGGCGGUGCUGUCAGGGACAUUUUAAUGGGUCUUUGUCCCAAGGACAUUGACAUAGCGACAACGGCCACCCCGACGGAGAUGAAGGAGAUCUUCACCAAGGAAAACAUCCGGAUGGUGAACAUGAACGGGGAAAAGCACGGAACCAUAACGCCGCGGAUCAAUGACCGGGAGAACUUUGAAAUCACCACUCUCCGGAUAGAUGCCGUGACGGAUGGGCGGCACGCCGAGGUCAUUCACACCAAGGACUGGCUGCUGGACGCGAAUCGGCGCGACUUGACCAUCAACUCGAUGUUUCUGGGCUUCGAUGGCAGCGUGUACGAUUACUUUUACGGGUACGACGACCUGCAGAAGCGCCGGGUGGCGUUCGUCGGUGACCCGGACCUGCGUAUCAAGGAAGAUUACCUGCGUAUUUUGAGGUACUUCCGGUUCUACGGUCGAAUAGCUGAGCGAAUCGAUAAUCACGACGAAGAAACGUUACGAAUUAUCGCUAAAAACGCUUCCGGAUUGGCGAAAAUUAGCGGGGAACGAAUCUGGCAGGAGUGGAAAAAGAUUAUGGCGGGGAAGUUUGGGUGUGACCUCACCGUGAAGAUGAUCAACAGCGGUUUGUCGGCGUCGAUUGGUCUACCUGAGAAACCAAACGUCGAAGAGUUCGUUCGGGUGUUCAAGAACAUCGAAUCCGUUCAGGGUGGCGACAUUCAACCGAUCACGCCCCUGUCCGCCCUGCUCCACACGCCGGAAGAUGCCAUAACGCUCAAUUUGCGUUUAAAGUUCACCGUUUUCGAGCGUGAGUUGGCUUACUUCCUGACGCAAAAUCGGGACGAAUUCGAGUCGGUCAAUGAACUCCUACCCUUCCAGCAGCUGUCGCUGCAUACGCUGGGCAGUGCCAAGCUCAAGAAAGAGUACGUCCUGGAGCUGUUGCGCUACCACGGCAAGCGCGAGCUGUACGGUCAGCUUAAGGAGUGGCAAAUUCCGGCCUUUCCCAUCAAGGGCAACGUGCUGAUUGAACACGGAGCCCCCAAGGGACCAAAGUUGGGUCUCGUGAUGAACGAGCUUAAGAUGGUUUGGGCCGCGAACCGGUUCGACAUGAGCGAGCCCGACUUGCUCGGACAUUUACCGACGGUGCUCGAAAAGUUGGAUUUGGCGCGAAAGAGUUGAAGCGGGAGUUUCUUUGAAUGUUAUUGUGUUUGCGAAUAAAGUUGAGCAAUGAACUUAGAAAA